AUGAGUGAAUUGGAAUCAUUGGGGAUCAAAGCUGUUAACCAAACAGACCUUGAAAACACCGUUACUAAGAAAGCCAAUGAAGUUAUAAUAUCCAAAGAUUUAGAGUUAGAUAAGAAAAGGUUGGAGAAAACCAACGAUGAUAUCGCCAAAAUUAGAAAAAAGUUAAGUCUUCUAGAAGAGAAACUUACUAAUCCCAGAACAAAGAUCAGUGAACGGAAGAAGAUUAAAGAAGAUAUAGAAUGGUUCAAUGAGAAUGAAUUAAAGCCCUUGAAACAGGAUUAUGAUGACAUUGUUGAACGGUUGAAAGAAUCCGAAGAACAAUUGAAGAAACCUGUUGAGACUGAAUAUGGUGAUAGAGAUAUCGACGAGACUGAACGAGAUUAUUUGAUAAGGAUUGGUAAGAUUACAGCUUUUGGGAAUGAAACAGCAUUUGGUGGAGACAGUCAGAAGAGUCAUGUCAAUCUUAGACAACCAGGAUUUCAUCAAAAGCCUGAAAAGGUUGAAAAGUCUGAAAAGAUUGAGGAUGCGGAGAUAAUACCGGAUGAAAGUGAAGAAGAACCAGUUGAACCGGUUGAAAUCAAAGAUGAUUAUGAAUUGGAAGAGGAUGAAAUAGAAGAACAAGAGGAGGAAAAAGAGGAAAGGAAUCUUGAUGAUGGUGAUGAGGAUAUUUAUCAAAGACGUCUCAAGUCAUGGACAGAAAAAAGAUCAGCACUUCGAAUUAUUGACGCCGACCCUGAAGAAUUGGAACAAUUCAAACCACAUCCCACAAUUGAAGAUUCUCAAUUAGAUGACAGUUUCAAAGUUCCUGGAGAUAUAUAUCCUUCUUUGUUUGACUAUCAAAAAACUUGUGUUCAAUGGUUAUGGGAAUUAUAUAAUCAGAAGACCGGAGGAAUCCUUGGUGAUGAAAUGGGUCUUGGGAAAACCAUCCAGGUCAUCACGUUCAUUGCUGGAUUGCAUUAUUCUAAAUUGCUUACAAAACCAGUGUUGGUAGUAGUUCCAGCAACUGUGCUCAAUCAAUGGGCUAACGAAUUUCAUAAAUGGUGGCCUCCUUUAAGAUGUAUAAUUCUUCACAGUAUUGGUACUGGAAUGGGUAAGAAAGUUAGCGAAGAGAAGUUAGAAGAAUACCUCAUGAAUGAUAAAAAGGGAGAUUCCAAUUUCACCAUUAACAAUAAAAUCAAUGCCAAAGAAAUAAUAGACAAGGUUAUGUCUCAAGGUCAUGUACUUAUAACCACCUAUGUUGGGUUAAGAGUAUACUCCGAGUUUAUAUUACCCAAACAAUGGGGGUAUUGUAUUCUAGAUGAAGGUCAUAAAAUCCGUAAUCCUAAUUCCGAUAUUUCAUUAUUGACUAAACAAGUUAGAACCGUCAACAGGUUGAUCUUAAGUGGUACACCUAUACAAAACAACUUGAUAGAGUUGUGGUCACUUUUCGAUUUUGUAUUCCCUGGUAGAUUGGGAACAUUACCUAUAUUUGAGAAUCAGUUUGCUUUACCUAUCAAAAUGGGAGGUUAUGCUAAUGCUUCCAACGUACAAGUGCAAACGAGUUAUAAAUGUGCCACUAUCCUAAGAGAUUUGAUUUCACCAUACUUGUUAAGAAGAUUGAAAAAUGAUGUUGCUAGAGACUUGCCUAAAAAGGAAGAGAUGGUAUUAUUUGUCAAACUCACCCAAUUUCAACAAGAUUUAUAUGAAUCAUUCUUGAAGAGUGAAGAUUUGAAUGCUAUUUUAAAGGGUAAACGAAAUAUGUUGAUGGGAGUAGAUGUAUUAAGAAAAAUUUGUAAUCAUCCUGAUUUGUUGCAGCUCAAUAAGAAUAGUCCAGAUUAUGGGAAUGUUUCAAGAUCAGGGAAACUUGAAGUUGUUAAGAAAUUAGUUCAAUUAUGGGUCGAAAACAAUCAUAAGAUUCUUAUUUUCUGUCAAACCAGACAAAUGUUGGAUAUCUUAGAAAAAAACAUCACCCGUUUACAGAAUGAAGAAGAAAUCUUCACUUAUGAUUAUCUCAGAAUGGACGGAACCACACCCAUAUCCAGACGUCAAGAUUUAGUUGAUAAUUUCAAUAACAACCCAGCUAUUUCUAUAUUCUUAUUAACCACCAAAGUUGGAGGAUUAGGUGUAAAUCUUACAGGUGCUGAUAGAAUUAUUAUAUAUGACCCCGAUUGGAAUCCUUCAACAGAUAUGCAAGCCAGGGAAAGGGCUUGGAGGUUGGGACAGAAGAAAGAUAUUGUCAUUUAUAGACUAAUGAUUGCUGGAUCAAUCGAAGAAAAAAUCUAUCAUCGACAAAUAUUCAAAACUUUCUUAACCAAUAAGAUAUUGAAAGACCCCAAACAAAGGAAAUUCUUCAAAAUGAAUGAUUUGUAUGAUCUUUUCACCUUGGGAGAUCAAGAAGAACAAGGUACUGAAACAGGAGCUAUGUUUGGAGGUAAUGAGACCAAUUUCCAAGGUAGUAAAAAACGGAAAAACCAUGAAAAUAAUGAUGAUUUCAUGAAAGUUGCUAAGAUCAUGGGUGUCAGUAAGUUGGAUAAAUUCGAAGACGAGGAAAAAGAUGGUGACAAUGAAUUGAUGGAGGGAAUCUUUAAUAAUGUUCAUUCAUCAAUUCAACAUGAUGAUAUUUUUAAAGAGCCAGCUAUUGAUAAUGAAGUGAAUAAGAUCGUAAAUGAUUCUUUGCAUGCAUUGAAUGAAAGUAGAAAAUUAACACGUAGAAACAAAAUCGGAGUUCCAACGUGGACGGGGAAAUUUGGAGCUGCUGGUAAGACUAAAUCCAAAUUGGCAUCCAAGAAUGUAAUCGCCAAAUUGAAGCAGCAAGAUAAAAAAGUCAUCAAACCACAAAAAUCCGAUACAAAAUUGAUAGAAAGUAUCAUAUCAGUGUUCAAAGACAAGGAAAAAUUGAAAUCUACUGAUAUCCUUAUCAAGCUUAAGAAUCAAAUUAACAUCAAGAAUACUCAAGAGAUUUUAUUAGUUAAGCUGUUACUACGGAAAGUUUGUAAUUGGGACGCAAUCAAUAAGUUAUGGACAUUGAAAUCGGAAUAUAAAGAACCAUAA